UGUUGGAUUCCGCACAACAGUUAACAGCCCCCAAUCGAGAAAUUUCACGCAGCGUUGAAAAAUUAAGAAAUAACGCCGUAAAAGUGCCCCCAACCGCCCGCAAACAUACAUAAAGUGUGAAUCAAAGGACAAUCCAGCGAUAAGUCAUUAAUUGAGCGUUGAGCAAGCGCGAAAAGUACGCGAAAUCGAGGUUUUGCAAAACCUUCGCCAUCCGCGUCGCCAUUGGUGUGUGCCAGUGUGUGUGUGAGUGAGGGAGUAUUGGUGAGAGCGUGUGUGUGUGUGUGUGAGCGAGCGGCCCCUAUGAAAAGCAACAACAACGCCAGCAAAGGACCCACAACAACAACAACAAGAACCGCAACAGCAUUUUAAUUAGCAAAUAAUGAGUGUCGCUGCAAUGACUAUGGACGAUCAGAGACCCUUGAUGAACAGUUACGACAAAAUGCCCCCGACCAAAUACGAGCAAAAUUUAAAUAUCAUAAACAGCGGCCAAAAUAGUGGAGCCAGUGGCGGCCCCGCCUCCCCAACGCCGUCAGGUCUCGAGGAUCCGUCGCACCAUCACCAUCAUCACCAUUCGCAUCCGCACCAUCAUCACCAUCAGGAGCAGCAACAUUUGCAGCAGCAACAGCAGCAGCAGCAGCAGCAACAGCAACAACAGCAGCAGCAGCAACAGCAGCAGCAACACGCAGCAGCUGUUGCAGAGGCUGUUGCAGCCGCCGAACAGCGUCAACGCUUGCUCGAAGAUGAGAUCGAAAAUCUCAAGCUGGAGCAGGUCCGCAUGGGACAGCAAUGCGCGGAUGCCCAGCGCCGCGAGAAGAUCCUCAUGCGGCGGCUGGCCAACAAGGAGCAGGAAUUCCAGGACUAUGUGAGCCAAAUUGCAGAGUACAAGGCCCAACAGGCGCCAACUGCCUUGGCUUUGCGCACCGCCCUCCUCGAUCCUGCGGUCAAUCUUCUCUUCGAAAGGCUCAAGAAGGAGCUGAAGGCCACCAAGGCCAAGCUGGAGGAGACCCAGAACGAGCUGUCCGCUUGGAAGUUCACACCAGACUCGAACACCGGCAAGCGCCUGAUGGCCAAGUGCCGGCUGCUCUACCAGGAGAACGAGGAGCUGGGCAAAAUGACCUCCAACGGCAGACUGGCCAAGCUGGAGACCGAGCUGGCCAUGCAGAAGAGCUUCAGCGAAGAGGUCAAGAAGUCGCAGUCGGAAUUGGAUGAUUUCCUGCAAGAACUGGACGAAGAUGUGGAGGGCAUGCAAAGCACCAUUCUUUUUCUGCAGCAAGAACUGAAGACCACGCGCGAUCGCAUCCAAUCGCUGGAGAAGGAGAACGCCCAGCUGAAGCAGGUUAGCGCCAAGGAUGAGAUCGUGACACCGCCGGCCACCAAUGGGGGCACCAACAAGACGAUAAGCAAGCUGGAAACGAUCGAUGAAAACGCCUGCCUGGCGAGUAACAACCAAUCCAAUCCAGACAGUUACAAUGGCAGCACUAACAACGAACAGAGCAUGGCUGUGCAACAGGUGCUGCCGCUGGAUGAGGGCAGCAAUAGCAACGGGAAUGCAGCGCGAUUGGCGCGCAAGCGAAACUACCAGGAGGAGGAGACCACGCCAGCGGUGGCGGUGGUGCCCAUGCCCACGCCAGGGGUCAACAACGUCCAGGAAACGGCUCCAAUUAGGGAAGUUAUUGCCCCACGAACCCUGCCGCCCAAAAAAUCGAAGUUGCGAGCCAUUGCUUCGAGACGCAGCUCGCAGCUGGAGGAGGAGCAUCAGCCUGUGACGACGCCAGUGGCCGUGCCGCUGAUCCUGGACAACGCUGUUGCCGGAAUGGCCAGUGAAGAGACGUCCGCUGCAGCGUCACUGAUCAACAACAAUGCGGAAACGGGUCUAGGACUGGGAGCGGGAGCUCCCAACGAGGCCAACGACGCGUCUGCUUCGACGGCACCCGCCCGCAUCCUGACGCGUCGUCGGUCGGUCCGGAUGCAGCAGAACGGCAGCGGAGCGGUCGACUACUCAACCUAAGCGCUGGCGUUCCUUUUUCAAAAAAAGGAUCACGGACGGCGCACUCUUUAUGAUUUCAUCAUAUUGAUCGUUAAUUCCUGACGUUUACUUUUGUGAAUUGAGAUUUCAAAACAGAGAGAGACUUCUUAUAAUAACUGUAACCUAUCAUAUUAGUUUCUUUUAUUUUUUUAACACAUCGUCUUGUAUAAUACGUUUAUUAUUCUGUUUGCAUGCAACAUAGGCAUACAUUAUACGCAAAUUAAUUAGAAGUCACUGCUAUACAUACGAAAUACAUUAUGUAGAACUGUGUACCAUUUCAGCACACAUAUUUACAAAACAUAUUGUCGAGCUAAACGAUAAUGCUAAACCUGAUUACCUAUUUAUGUUUUUUUAAAACCACGGCAUCUACUGAAAAGCUGAAAAAAGAAAACUUUGACAAAACAAAACUCGUCAUUUAGCUAAAUUAGAUUUUAAUUAUCAACUUAAGGCAUUUUUGUAAUACGAUGAAAGUUGUGUAAAAUAAUAUAAACUUGUGUUAAAAUAAAUUGUUAAGCAUAACAAACAUUUCAAAU